GGAGCACAGCAGAGAGAGCCAACCUACCUACAUGCUUAUUGUGUAAAUCUUUUAAAAGCAAUUAGCCGCAGCAUCAUCUAAACCUGCCCCCCAGCCUGGGUGAAAUACAUAUUUUUUUGUGGAAAUAAGUGUUUCCAUUCGGCUCCAGAAAAGGCAGGCACCAUCACCAUCGUCAACCAUGACUGACAGGAAAGCUGUGAUCAAGAACGCAGACAUGUCCGAGGACAUGCAGCAGGACGCGGUGGACUGUGCCACCCAGGCCAUGGAGAAGUACAACAUAGAGAAGGACAUCGCAGCCUACAUCAAGAAGGAGUUUGACAAGAAGUACAACCCCACCUGGCACUGCAUCGUCGGGAGGAACUUCGGCAGCUACGUCACCCACGAGACAAAGCAUUUCAUUUACUUUUACUUGGGCCAAGUGGCCAUCUUGCUCUUCAAGUCUGGCUGAGAAGUUUCUGAUGGGUGUUGAGGAGUUUUUCUCCCCUGAACCGAAAUCGGAAAUGCACUGGUGGCUGAUGUCUCCCAUACACUAAUAACGACAUACCAUAAUGAUGCAAACCCGGCCGUGCGCAAUUGCAUGGACUAUACACUAUUUAAUAUGUAUGUUACAGUAAGUUUACUUUUUGAUAGUUGCCAUUUGAAUGCAACUUCAGUAGUUUUUGUUGAUGCUGUUAAAUUCUAGGUUGUAAAAGAUUUCAACGUGGCCCUUGAUUGUAUAAUAAAGGAAAGCUGUAGAAUGUAGUGGUGCAUCUGCUUUCCCUCACAAGUGGCAUUGCCAGACCCUGUUAUGAGACUCCAUCUGUCGGUUUAGAUGGUAAAAGUCAUACUGCGUGCACCAGUUUAACAAUUCAUCAUCAAAAUUUUAACGUGUGAUCAUGUAAAGAAGUUGGUUAAUGGGGCAAAAUAGGCUUUCAUGUGACGGGCUACUUCACGGCCGUCCUUUGGUUUCGAGGAGAUCAAACAGCAUGAGUUGAGUUUAUUAAUGAUAUUUUACUAAUUUAACAAAAUUAUGUUAUCUGUACAUGCAAAUAAAAAAACCUUUAAUGUUUCCAGUUCUGAUUUAAAAACAAAUAUCCAAGGUUUUCAGAAAAGAUGUCACAACAUCCAACACACUUGACAUUUUGGAACCAACACAAGCCAGUGCAUGCAUUUCCAGGGAUGUUUAGUUUGUCAAUUUUCACUGUGAGGGACGAUUGAGCAAAUAAAGCUCGCAAACACAGACCUUUAGCCUGUAACGUCCGAAUAAUAAUACGACAGACUGGUUACCAAAAUUGUCCCAAACUCACCUACCUAAAUUUCAGACUUAUAAUACCGUGUUUCUGCAUGUUUGGAGGAUAAACACAAUUUCUUUAAUUGUCAUCAGACACACAUGGAAGGUCAUCUUGGAGCUGAAAUAAUUUAACUUUUGAGUAUGUAGAUAUGGGACUGAGCUGGUGUAAAGCAGCAUAAAGAAAGGUGAUUUAAAUAAAAACAUCUGCAGUCAACACUACCAAGGCUACCAACACCCCCUGUGUUUCAGAUGGUUGUGCCGUCCUGUGUGGCUCGUGGUACUUUCAAGUUGCAUUUUCCCCCAACCUUUAUUUUUGCAUUGCCAGUGUACUGCCAGACAUGCAGGAAAAGAUGAAGGAGUUCUUACAGCAGCUGCAAGGAGGCGGAUCUCAUGUCUAGCACACUGAUUUGGUGUUUUCAUUUUGUUGUGUCAGCAUAAUUAGUUUGAUGCAUAAUGUUUGGAUUCUUUAAGAGGGCAGAUUUGAGGGAUUUGGACACAUUUCUCACUGUGUAAAGAUGAAAUGUUUUCAGUUGCUCUCUCCCAUAAUCCAACAAUGGGUGCAUUGUGUAUCUCUCAAGUGUUAGCUUGGAUUGACAUCGAGGGAAGUCUUCCUAACUAUUGUCGAUGUAAACUGAUUUAGUAUUGUUUUCCUCUGGCAUGUAUUUUUGCUGUGUAUAUGUAGGAGCCGUUCCAAUGCUGUUAAAUUUGCACAAAACGUGUGCCUGUCAUUGCUCUCAACUGUAACUGGCUUGAGUACAAUUGCACUUCAUUAGAGUUAUCCAGUAGGUUGCUACAGAACCAAAAUCGUAUAAACUCGAUAAAAUAAAAAUUAAUUGUUGACUUA